UCCAGGGUGGUUUGGACCACACUGAGAGCUUUGGCAUUGAUUGAUGAUGGACGAAUUCCCCAUCCUCUGCCCCCUUUCCUUAAAUGGUAUAAUACCACACUUCUGUUAAAUGAGUGGGGCAAGGAUUGUUCAUUCUCAUCUUUCAGAUGAGGAAAGUGAGGCUCAGACUUGUCUAGUCAUGCUGGAAGCCAAACUCCCAAGUCCUGGUGUCUGGACACUGGCCUUGAGGUGCACACAUUUUAUCGCCAAAUUUUCUUCCCUUUGGGUUAGGCUAAAUUGGAAAUGAAAAACACUCAAGUUGCCCCAGCAGGUUAUGAGUGAUAGGUAUUCAAGCUUCGUUUCCCAUCGUAAAGAUGGGAAAAGGACGAACUAUAGUCGAGGAUCACACCUGAAAGCUGCAGUGAAGGUGUAAGCCCAGACAUGCCCUGCCCUUUGUGUGGCCCUAGACCAUAGUCAGCUUUUCUGGAAAGCCUUUGGGUUUGGUGUGGUCUGGAAGGGAGUCCUUAGAAGGUCCCAAAUCCUAGUCCUAAAACUGUCACUGAAACAAGUAUUGUGUGACCUUGGGUAAAUCACUUCACCUUUCUGGGCCUUCAUUUCUCAGUUUGGACGUAUUUGCUUCUGUGGAGACUCUAAGGACCUGAAGUCGAUGAAGCCCUUUGCUUGUGGUUGUUGGUAGAGCAGUCCAGCCUUUGCUCCUAACUUAUCUAAGGGCAGAAAGUUUCCAAGUUUGAGUCACAUCUAGCUAGCAUCAGACCACAGAAAUGAAACAUUCCUCUGAGGAUUGAGUAAUACCGUAUGGUAGUUGAGAACAUAGCUUCUGGAGUCAUUCAGAGCUGUAUCCAGAUCUUGCCUGUUUCACUUACGGGCUGUGUGAUUUUUGAGCAAGUCACUUAACCCCUCAGAGCCUUGGUUUUCUCAUCUAAAAACGGUGUUAAGGAUACCUGACACUGUCCAGGAUCGUGCCCACCUAUGAGCGGAUGAUCGUGUUUCGACUGGGCCGGAUCCGCACCCCUCAGGGACCUGGCAUGGUUCUGCUCCUGCCCUUCAUUGACUCCUUUCAGAGGGUGGAUCUGAGGACACGAGCCUUCAAUGUCCCUCCCUGCAAGUUGGCCUCUAAGGAUGGGGCUGUGCUGUCCGUGGGGGCUGAUGUUCAGUUCCGCAUCUGGGACCCAGUACUGUCAGUGAUGACUGUGAAGGACCUGAACACAGCCACGCGCAUGACGGCCCAGAAUGCCAUGACCAAGGCCCUGCUCAAGAGACCUCUGCGGGAGAUCCAGAUGGAGAAGCUCAAGAUCAGCGACCAGCUCCUGCUGGAGAUCAACGAUGUGACCAGGGCCUGGGGGCUGGAGGUGGACCGCAUGGAGCUGGCUGUGGAGGCCGUGCUGCAGCCGCCCCAAGACAGCCCCGCUGGACCUGGCCUGGACAGCCCCCUUCAGCAGCUGGCUCUCUACUUCUUGCGGGGGGGCAUGUCCUCAGUGGCAGGGGGUACCCUGCACCCAGGGCCAGAUAAGGAGACUCCAGAAAAGGAUACCUUGGAGAUGGUGAAUGAAGUUGAGCUGCCUGCCCAUCACGGUGUUGGGCCCAGUUCGAAGCAGCCUGCGGCCGAGGGGCUGCUCACUGCUCUACAGCCCUACCUGUCUGAGGCCCUGGUCAACCAAGUUGGGGCCUGCUACCAGUUCAAUGUCAUCCUGCCCAGUGGCACCCAGAGCACCUACUUCCUGGAUCUCACUUCAGGGCAAGGGAGGGUGGGAUGUGGGGUGCCCGAUGGCAUCCCUGACGUGGUGGCGGAGAUGGCCGAGGCAGACCUUCGGGCCCUGCUGUGCAGGGAGCUGUGGCCCUUGGGGGCCUACAUGAGUGGACGGCUGAAGGUGAAGGGCGACUUAUCUGUGGCCAUGAAGCUGGAGGCUGUCCUCAGGGCCCUGAAGUAGCAGCCUUGGUUGACUGACUAUAGCCCAGUCCUAACCUGGCACCAAGCCAGGGGGCGUCUUGCUGGAGGAUGCAUUGGCACUGCACCUUAGAUGGAGGCUGGGAAACACCAGAGGCUAGGAGAGGCUGAGUCGGGCUACCCUGCCCUUCUGACCUACAGUGGUUCUCUGGACAACCCUUUGCCCAUCCCAAUCCUUGCCGAUUGUCCAGCCCUGAAGUGGGCACACAGCAUGAUGACAGGAGGGCCAGGUCUCUCUGCUCUGCUGGCUACCUGACUAGAGAGACAUGGCCCACAGAAAGCCCAACGGCAGUUGGUUUGGUCCCAGUGUGAGGGAGUAAAGCACGUGGCUCAGGUUCCCGGCUCUAGAGUUGGGGGGAUCAGAGAGAUUGGCAGUGGGAGAUGGCCACCAAGAAGAGGUCACCGCAUUGGGAAGGAUUUGGGGAUCCGGCUGGGCCCGCCUUACUAAUUGCAGCCUGGGUCCAGGCCAGUGGGUUGGGGAUUGGAAAGAGGGGUGCCUGCUCUUCCCUUGGCCCUAAAGACCUCUUGGCUUGUUUACCGGCUCUGUCUUGCAUGCUUGAGGGGCCAGUCCAGGGCCUAGGGUAGCUCGAAAGGGAGCCUUGCCCUUCCUGUGCUUCUUAACAGAGGUUUGAAAACUCAAAUGUAGUGUUUACAGUGUAUUGGAGAGCAGUGGGGAGAAUGGAGGUAGUUGGUUCCCCAGGCUAUGCCCUUAUUCCUGGCCAGCCAGGGACCAGGGCCUUGAAGGCUGACACAGGCCCUCAUGAUGCUCUUGAAUCACCCACAGCUCCCCUUCCUGCGGAAGGUGUCACAGCCCCGGGACAAGAGUGGGCACUCAUGUUCUUUAUAGUUGAAAAGGAAGUUUGCCAUGAAAGGGUGCAUAUGGGUGUGUUAGAGCUGGUCCAGGAAACGACCUAAUGUGGGGCACGGUAAAGUCACCACAUUUAGGUUAGGAGAUAGGGCUGCUCUCAGCUGCUUCUGUUGCACUGUGGGUCACUUUCUCCACUAGUAGAAGGGCAGGAAGUGGACAUGGAGGUUUGGCCUGGCCCAGCUCUGGGAGCCUGGCCUGGCUUUCUGCUCCAAUGCUCCAGCCCAAACCCCAGAGACCUCAGAGGAGGGGCUUUUCUCCAUUCCUCAGAAAUGAAUCAAAAAAAAAAAAAAAAAAAAAGAAGAAGAAGAAAAACAAAUCACUUCUUGAAGUUUGUGAAACUCCACAGAAAUCCAAGUUCUCCCUUUGAGGACCCUCUCCCUCAGGGCCCUCUCCAGCUUCCUUGGCAUCAGGCGCUGUCCACUUCACCCUUUCAUUCCUGCCAGUGCCUUGUGCCUCCUCUUGUACUCCCAGCAGAGACCACACACCCAUUGGGUUCAGGUUACAGCUCCAGGGCCCCUCCCCAGAGGGCCCAAGCCCCUGCCUGUUGCCCCUCUCUGCCCACCUGGAAGCCACCCAGCCAGGGCUGUCUGCCCAAAAGCCUGCCUUCCCAUUCCUGUCUUGCUGCCCGUAGGCCUAGUGGGACAUGAUCUUCUUUGCUGUCACCUGGGCUCCCUCUCCACUCUGGGGCUGUCAUCAUGCCUCUUCCCCACUGCCUGUGUCACUAUUCUUUGUACAAGUGCUUGCCCUCCAUGAGCUUCCUGUAUGAGUGAGUCAUUUCUGUUUCCUCCAUCACUACUGCACACAGCACACCAAGGGUUAAUGGACAUCUUCCUCUGAAAGCUUAGGGGAAACCGAAACUUACAGACUCUCUGUGGGCGUGAGAGGAUCAACAUAACAUUUAGGGGAAACUGAAACUUGUGGAUGUAGGUGGUUGAAAUCAGACCUGCCGCCCACCAGUAAUACCUGGUUCUGGGGAUAUUCGCCACUCCUUGGCAAGGUCAGCACUCUAGGAAAGAGAGCCCACAGGCUCAGGAGCCUCUAUGCUUCAGGGGAUUGAGCAGACCUUGCAGUCUCCACAAGAGGAGGAGGGGCACCAAACAGGGUUUGGGGAGGAAGAAGGAAGGUGUCAAUCAAAGGCUUCUUGAGUAGGUGAUACCUGAGCCUUGCAGCUCUGUGGGCAAGAAGAAAUGGGGAACAUUGGGCAGAAGGGAAACCCCCUGUGAGGACACAGAAGAGGCAGCUGGGCCCCUCUGAUUUGGGGAACUAGAACCUAAAGUAUGAGGGGGGAUAAAAAUAGUAAAUGUUAACUGUGUACCAAGUAUGUCCCUGUGCUGUACUAGACACUGCCUAUGUGUUAAAAAGUUAUGCUAUGUUGAUAUAUAUAAUAUAUAAUACAUAAUAUAUAAUGUAUUAUGUUGAUGUUACUUUUUAAAUAUUUAAAUUUUGAAUAGCUACUACAGUCACUGGUUCAAAAAUUUUGAAAAAUUGAAAAGGUAUACUAAGUAUUAUCCCUCAUACAACUGACUCCAUGAAUUUCCUACAAAUUCUUCUAAAGUAUCCCCUGGUAUUACUUUCUUGGUUAUUCUUCCAGGAGUUUUUUUUUUUAUUUUUUUUUAACAUAUAUACAAGGAAAUCCAAAUAUGUAUCUUCUGGGUUUUUAUUACACAAAUUGCAACCUAGCAAGCAUAGUGUUGCUUUGUUCACUUAACAUUACCCCUUGAGGCUUUUUUCAUAUUAGCUAGGACACACACACACACACACACACACACACACACACACACACACACACACACACUCACUUUCCCCAUUUGGUUUUGUAGUUAAAUAGGAUUCUACUGUAUGGGUGUAUCAUAAUUUAUUUAACCUGUUUUGCAUUGACGGACAUUUAGAUUAUUUUUUGAGUUUUGCUAUUUCAAACAAUGUUGUAAUAAUCUUUAACAUAUGCUAUUUCAACUAUGAUUGAGUUUAUACGCAGAAUAAAAUCCUAGAAGGGAAGUUGCUAGUUCAGGGCAUUUGUAAUUUAGUAUAUAUUGCCCACAUGCCCAUUUUAUAUUCCCAACAUCAGUGAUUGAGAGUGUGUUUUUCCUCAUAGCCAUGCCAACACAGUGCAUUAUUAAAAGUUUAGAUUUUUUGAGUCGUGUUAAGUGAAAAAUUGCAUCUCUAGUUUCUUAAAAUUGUUCAAUUGUUUAUUUUUAAGACUUGGAUUUUCAGUCCCAGCAAAAUUAUGGUUUUUUUUUUCUAUCUUCCUCCAGCAUUUACUUUUUAAAAAAGUAUAAUACAAUAAAAUGCAUCCAUUUUAAAUGUAGUGCUUGAUGUGCUUUGACAAAUGUGAACACUUGUAUAACCACCAGCCAGCACAAUCAAGAUAUAGAAUGUUUCCAUCAACUCACAAAGUUCCCUGUGUCUCUUCUCAGUCAAUCCUUGUCGCUCCCUCUCCUGAGGCUCAGGACACCAGUGAUGAAUUCUCUGAAACUAUUGAUUAAAUUUUACUUGUCUAGAACUAUAUAUAAAUUAUACCAUACAGCAUGUACUCUUGUGUCUAGUGUCUGUAGUUUUUAUUGUUAGUAAUAUUCUGUGUUUUGUCCUGGUCUCAGCCUAUCAAUAACCAGUGUUGUGCUCAGACUAGUCCUUGUCUGAGAUCUUACUAGUUCUUACGAGCUGCCCUUCAGCAAUAACCAUCAGGAAACUGAAAAAAUACCGGUUUAUUACUCACAGGUUUGGCAAUUAAACAACACACCUCGGGCCACACAUUGAGGUCAGGUGGGUACAGAGCAAGAGCAUGCGCACAGGCCAGGGAUGCUGCUUUUAUUGGGAUCCAGGGUGGCGACCUACGGUUCCACAGGCUCAAUCUUUAUUGGUGAAUUUAAAAUAGAGUUGGAACUAAACCAGGGAAUGAGGGCGGGGACGCGGGGGUGGGGGUGGGAAGUAGCCUAAAUGGUCAGUUACUGAAAUCAACCAAGGUCUCUAAAACCGAAGCCUGGAUAUUGUGUGACCAGUGCUGUUGAGCCUCUGUCUAUGCACGCACUUGUGAAGUGUCUGUUCAGAUAUUUUUUUUCCAUUUAAAAAAUAGGUUAUCUUAUUGAUGUCAUUAAGAGUUCUUAGUAUACUCUGGACUCAAAUCUUUUAGCAGGUAUGUAUAUUUGGACUAUUUUCUCCAAGUUUGCCUUUCUAACUUGAUGCUUUAACUUGACAAGCAACAGUUUUUAAUUUUGAUGAAGUUCAACCUAUAAUUUUUUAAUGGUUAGAAAUUUUGUGUCCUAUAUCUUGGAAGUCUUCGCUCAUUUCAAGAUCUUGAAUAUUUUCUCCUGUGUUUUCUUCUAAAAGUUUAGAUUCAGCUAUUAGUUUUAGGUUUGUGAUUCAUUUUUACUUAUGGUGUGAGGUAAAACGUUGAGGUUCUUCUCCCCCACCGCUCCCCACAUGGUAAUCCAAUUGUUCUAGCACUUUUUGUUGAAAAGAUAUCUUCUCCAUUAAAUUAUGUUGAAGCCUUUUUAUUGUGCUUUCUCUUA